AUGGACAUAGGAACCGCUGCUGCUGCGCUCCUUGGAGGAGUCACUGUCGCAGGAUACUUGAAUGCAAAGUUCCAUCUUAAGAAAGACGCAUCGGCGCUGCUUUCGAUGAAGCAUGCAGAGCGCCAAUAUGCCAACGCUGUGAGCCAUAACCGAGGAAACCCGUGGUUCGUACUUCUGGAAACCGUGAAACGUUACCCAAAUAUGACAUGUCUUUGGACGAGAGAGAGAUCGUACACAUACCGCGAAGUACAGGAUCACGCAUGUCAAUAUGCGCAUUUCUUCCUGUCACAGGGAGUAAAGAAGGGCGACCUUGUCGCUGUAUACCUCCAAAACCGCGAAGAGUAUAUCUUCGCCUGGGUAGCGCUUUGGAGUAUCGGUUGCGCCCCAGCAGCAAUUAAUUACAACCUGACCGGGGAUGCGUUGUUGCAUUGUUUGAAGAUCAGUGGUGCGAAGAUUCUGAUCGUGGAUGAAGAAUCCGGCUGUCGUGCGCGCGUGGAGGAAUCUCAAGAUGCGAUCAUUGGAAACUUAGGCAUGAAGCCUAUGGUGCUAGAUGAUGCGCUGAAAGCACAGAUCAGCACACAUCCAACGACUCUACCACCAAAGGAGUUGGGAAAACACAUCCAGGGCGAAUUUCCGGCUAUUUUGCUCUACACUUCUGGAACAACUGGCAUGCCCAAGGGAUGCGCUUUUACCAUGUCUCGUCUAUACACAACCUUGUAUAUGCGCCGGGCUCUAAUGGGCGAUACGCCUGGACCAGAUGGUGAUCGUUGGUAUAGUUGUAUGCCUCUGUACCACGGAACAGCGGCUAUCUCUAUUAUAGCGUGCCUGACCAUGGGUGUCAGUAUUGCGAUUGGGCCCAAGUUCAGCGUGAGCAAGUUUUGGACCGAUAUCCGAGAGUCAGAGUCCACGAUAUUCGUGUACGUCGGAGAGACUGCGCGCUACUUGUUGGCGCCACCGCCCUCUCCCCAGGAUCGCAACCACAAAGUCCGUUGUAUGUAUGGCAACGGUCUGAGGCCUGAUAUUUGGGAGAAGUUCCGCGAGCGAUUCGGAGUCGCUGAGGUGGGCGAGUUCUUCAAUAGCACGGAGGGAAUCUUUGGUCUUUUCAAUUACAAUCGCGGGCCUUUCACGUCAGGCAGUGUCGGACACCAUGGUUUGAUCAUGCGAGGAGUCUUGCACAAUGUCUUCAUUCCUGUGGCUAUCGACCCGGAGACCGGUGACAUUCUGCGUGAUUCCAAGACUGGCUUUGCGACCCGCGCGAGUUACGAAGAAGGUGGGGAGAUCAUCGUCAACGUGCCCGGGAAAGAAGCCUUCCAAGGAUACUGGCGUAAUGAUGAAGCAACAAAUAAGAAGUUCUUGAAGGACGUCUUCAAGAAAGGCGAUCUUUACUACCGCUCUGGAGAUGCUCUGCGUCGUCAAAGUGACGGCCGCUGGUACUUCCUCGAUCGUCUUGGUGACACCUACCGGUGGAAGAGUGAGAAUGUCGCGACAGCCGAAGUCUCGGAAGUCGUAGGCCAGUACCCCGGCAUCACUGAGGCGAAUGUCUACGGUGUCCGCUUGCCAAACCACGAGGGCCGUGCCGGCUGUGCAGCGAUCCAGAUCAGCCCGGAUGCCCGCCAGACUUUUGAUUACGCGGCACUUGCGAAAUACGUCCGCUCCAAGCUACCGCGAUAUGCAGUCCCGCUGUUCCUUCGCAUUGUCGAAAACCCCACCCAUAUCCAUAACCACAAGCAGAAUAAAGUGCCGCUUCGUGACGAGGGUGUAGACAUCUCCCUUACUGGGACCAAGGCGCCGGAAGGGAAAGAUGAUCACUUUUUGUGGAUUGCGCCUGGCGAGGAUACGUAUUCGCCUUACGGACAGAAGGAGUGGGAGCAGUUGUCGAACGGGGGUGCUCGCCUGUAA